GUGUACUCAACUUGCUCUUUUUACCAGUUCACCCAACAAAACGAGGAAAAAAAAAGAAGUGGAAUACCAAUGCGAGCCCUAACUACGUUGCCCCUUGAAAUCCGAUAUGCUAUUUUGCGCCAUUUGUCUUUCGGCGAUCGAUGGCGAAUGAGCGGUGUAUGCCAAGCUUGGCGAUCGGCAGUGCUGAAUUGCGACGCAAUGUGGGAAAACCUUUCGACGGACAACUAUCGUGAUAUUACUCAAGACCUUUUACCUUAUCGAUCUUAUAUGCAAGGAACAUGGGUGCGACGCAUACAUGUGGACCGGAAUGAUGAUACUACAGAACACCUGGAAGCAGUUGUUGAUUUUUUGUUAGCUCAAAAAUGCACUGCCAUUAAAGAAGUGGAUUUACAUCUCCAGCUUUGCCAUGGUCAUCCUUUUCAAGUCUCACAUCACUCUGCGGUGAAUCGCUAACCAGUGUUUUCUUCAACUUUUACUAUUACCAUGAAGUCGAGAUUACGCCUUGUAAGAUCCUUCUACACUGCCCUAACUUCACCAAGCUCCAGUAUAUCAGCGCUGCAAUGUAUGGCCCGCUGAUGGAUGAUCCAACGGCAUAUGCUGAACUCGAGCACCGUAGCCUACUGGAUCUUACACUCCACAUAUACCACCCCG